ACGUCUUGUUUGUAUUAUUAAAUGCUGUGUUGUGGGUAGAAUCGACACUUGGUGGUUUAAAGGAAGCUGUUAAAGUGGAUGAAUGGCGUGAAUGAGAUGAUAGAAGACGUGUGGAGCUUACUAUUGCAAACGAAAUCACUUUUUUGAGAGGGAUCCUCUGCUGUUACCUAAUUGAAAAUGGAGACUCAUGGCAUUACGAAAGCCUUCCCAAAAGUAAAGAGACAUCGGCCACAUGAGAGUAAAGAUGCAGUUCCAGUAAAGAAAGCUCCUGCUCUGCCUAUUACUGGGAACGUAUUUCAGGGUGUCUGCGUCCACAUAGUCCCUGCUGGCAUAGGAAAUGCCCGGUGUGACAUAUUCCAGCAGCAGAUCGUGCAGAAUGGAGGCCAGGUGGAAGCUGCUUAUGGUCCCAGGUGCACGCACGUGGUCGUGGACGAGUCGGUGGACCGGGAGCGAGCGUCAAGGCUGCUGAAGACGGAAACCUUUCCCCCUACAGUGCAGCUGGUAAAGUGCACUUGGCUCAGCGCUUGCAUCUCAGAGAAGAUCCUUCUGAGCACAGAUGACUACCGGCUUUAUCCAUGUGACCGUCCUGAGGACACUCCUGCUGAGGGGCCUAAACAAAUUGUUGUCAGUCACAUCCCUGUUCCUAAGGAAACGCAGCCACCAGAUCACAAAUCAGCUCCAGAUGAUCCAGCUGACAUGGUGCCUGAGACUCAGGACGAACCCAUAGAAGAAGAUGCCGUGUCGCAGAACGAUUUGGAGGCUCUGAUCAACGGCGUUACAUAUGAUCCUGGCCCUUCAGAUGAUUCGCAGUGUGUUUCCGGAAACCCCCGGGUGCUGGGAAAGUGGGUAUGCGCCCAGUCGUCUCGGACAAAGAGCAAGAACCACAACGAUCACAUCACCGACAAGCUGGAGCAGCUCGCCAAAGUGUACACACACACAGGGGACAAGUGGAGGGCGCUGAGCUACUCGAAAGCAGUUAAUGCACUUAAGAGCUAUCACAAGCCAAUCUCUUCUUAUGAGGAAGCCUUCAAGAUCCCAGGCAUCGGCAAGAACAUGGCCAAUAAGAUUGUGGAGAUCAUGGAGAGCGGCCACCUGAGGAAGCUGGACCAUUUUGGGGAGGCCGUACCCGUCUUUGAGUUGUUCACCAACAUCUGGGGUGUUGGUGCAAAGACUGCCCAGCUUUGGUACCAACAGGGCUUUCGUACUCUAGAGGAUAUUCGAACCAAGGCCACUUUGACUCACACGCUGCGAAUUGGCCUGAAGCACUACGACGACUUCCUCGAUCGCAUGCCAAGAAGCGAAGCAGCCGCCAUCGAGAAAACGGUGAGAGUGGCGGCACACAGCGUAAACCCGGGUCUGCUGGUGGUGACGUGCGGCUCGUACCGGCGCGGGAAACCCACGUGUGGAGAUGUGGACGUGCUCAUCACUCAUCCAGACGGCCAAUCACACAAAGGCGUUUUUACCAAAGUGCUCCAGAUCCUUCAUCAGAGCGGCUUCCUGACUGAGGAUUUGGUGAGCCACGAGGAGAACGGAGAGCAGAAGAAGUACAUGGGCGUAUGCGUCCUGCCAGGCGCGGGUCAACGCCAUCGGAGGCUCGAUGUCAUCGUGGUGCCACAGAACGAAUUUGCAUGCGCCCUACUCUACUUCACAGGUUCGGCCCACUUCAACCGCUCCAUGCGCGCACUCGCCAAGACCAAGUCCAUGAGCCUGUCCGAACACUCGCUGAACGCUGGCGUGGUGCGCAACCGUGGUGUGAAGGUGGUCCCAGGUUUUCCUCUGAGCACACCUACUGAGAGGGCGGUCUUUAAACUCCUGGGCAUCCCAUACAGAGAGCCUCAUGAGAGAGACUGGUAGCAAGGACACUUUAGUUUUUCUUUGUUUUAGAUUGACAGCUACUGAACCUAAUAUUUUUAUCAUUUUUAUCUCAUCAUGUAGAUCAGAGGUGCAAGGGUUAAUUCUCACUCUUUAUAGUGCUAUUUAUUUAUUGUGCUGCACGAUGUUCAUAUUUAUGAUGAAAUUGAUUGUAAUGGACAUGCGGAUGCAGAGAUAAUCAUGUCAGUGAUUGAAUGUGUGCAUGAGGUCCGUUGCUUUAGCCUCAGCGUUGCCAAAUUACAAGGAUUGUUUUGAGGAUACAACACUUUAAAUAUAUUUCGAUACAACACUUUAAAUAUAUUUCUAUAUUGCAAAGAUUAAUAAAAUAUUGCAACUAUAUGGAUGAUUGUAUUGGGACACCUCACUUUUUGAGCCAUAUGUCAUUCUUAAGUACAUUUGAAGGCAAAUAGUUUUGUACUUCAACUCGAGUCGUAUUUUACCUACUGUACCUCUACUUUAACUGCAUGGUUUGUGUACUUCGUCCACUACUGGGUUCUUCCCCAAUCUUUUACCACAGAUCUGGAGGCACUUGAUUGUAUAGAAUGUCUUUGGAUGCAGUUGAAUAAAAUUUUCCCUUCACUUGAA